CUGACCUUUGAAGUUCUUCUUUGUGCCAAUUUUCAUAAAAGCGGAGCAAAAUAUGAAAUUCUCAAUCUCCAGCAGGCAAUAUGAGGUUUAGAGGAAAACUAGUUGACAUCGGUUGCAUCCAACACUUUACGAGAGUUGUUACCACAAUAUCCAAACUGAUAAAAGCGUGUGUUCUGAGGAUCACCCCUACUGCACUGUACUUCAUACUGUCAGAAAAAGUUGUGAAUGGGGGGAUUCAAAUUUGGUGUGAGCUGCCACAGGGUCACUUCUUCGAUGAGUAUGCUAUGGAGGGUGUGUCGGCAGAGGACAACGAGAUAUACCUGGAGAUGAGUCCAGAAAACCUUGUGAAGGCCCUGAAAACCGCCCAGGUGGCCAAGUGGGUGAAAAUUAAGCUGACAAAGAAACACGCCCCUUGUCUGACUGUGGAGGUGGAUCUGCCAACACUUGGUGCCCAUUCACGGGUGGUUAUGCACGACAUUCCAGUGGGCGUGGUGCCCCGCAGACUCUGGGAUGAGUACCAGGAGCCUGAGGUCCCACAGUUUGAUGUCAGCAUCAUGAUGCCGCAGAUAAAAGUCCUACGCAGCGUAAUUGACAAAAUGAAGAAUCUGAGCAAUCAGCUGGUACUUUCAGCGAACAGACAGGGAGAAUUGAAGGUUUCUGUGUCAACAGAUAUGGUGUCAGUUAGCACGCAUUUCCAGGAUCUUCUCAAUCCAGCAUCAAGAGAUGGGAGUGAUGGAGACCAGUUGAAUGCCCAAGUUGACCCAGAGGAGUUUGCCGAGGCCAGGAUUGAUGUACGCAAGUUCUCCCAAUUUCUUGCCGGACAAGUUAGUCCAAGCCGAGUCAUAUGCAACAUAGCUGACAACAGUGUGGUCCAUUUCUACCUGAUGAACGAUGAUGUCUCCCUGCAGUACUUCAUGCCUGUGAUGAUCAGCUGACCGACUUGUAGGUGUGGCUUAGCUGUGCUGACAAUUCUAUUAUGAAAUUUUAUUGUUCUCCCUCGUUUGUUCUUAAGCAUUUACUUGAUAUGACAUUCAUGUUUGAACUGUGAUGUAUUUAUAACAAAAUCUUAAUAUGGUGUCCAGUGUUCUCAAUUAGAACUGGCUACUGGCCAAAAUAAAGGGUUAUAAUGGUUGAAAUUAAUUUAUGUAUGAAAUCUAAAUUGUUAAGCUUGUGCUUGACAUUAAAGAAUUUAACAAAUUCUUCUAUAUAAAAUUCAGUAUUUGAGCAGGCCUAGGAAGCAUUUUGACUUAAGAGAUUGUGCUAAUUCCCGCCACUGUAUGUACCCAGGGUAUAAACCAGCAGUCUUGAUAAAUGAUAGUGCUUAUUCUAGAACAUCUGACUCAGAGUAAGGCGUUGUUCUAAUGCCAUCUAGAGUAAGGAUCAAGGCUGUUGUUCUUGAUAUUUAAACAGUUUAUAGUUGAGAUGUUUUUAAAUUUAAUGGUAUAUAUAAUUUGUGACAAUUCAUAAAGACUUGCUGAAUAAUGAUCAUGCAUACACUUAGCAAAUUAUUUUAAACAGUUGUUUAUAUAAUUUUCAACAGGAUGAAUUGCAAUUAAUUCUUCGCAAGGAGGAAUAUAUUUGUUUAUGAUUUUCCAGUUUAUUAAGUAUGUAAUAGCUGUACUGUCAUCAUUGCUAUAAAGAUAACAUACCGAGUAAUACAUUUUUUUUAAUGUGAACCUAACAGAUAUUGAUGGGUCAAUAUUGAAAGUUGAAAUAAAUGCCAAAUUCAAUAAACAUGGUUGCCAAUGCAAUUUUGUUAAAAAAAUAGGAAACUAUUAUGAAAUACGAGUAUCCCACUUCUUACAAAAUAUCAUUCUUUUGUGAAGAUCAGAUUAAAGGCAACAAUUUUAUUUUUUUAAAGUUUUUUGUCCAAAAAAGGAAAUCAGCUGAAAAGGGGAAAAUUGGCGUCCCUGCAACAAUUGGCUUAAUUUUUUGUCAAGUGAUUGACAAGUAUGAGAUUUUGCAAUUGCGUGUAAUGCUUUAGCAAUGUGUUUUGUCAUGUUGACAGUGUGUUCAUGUAAAUCUUACAAUACAUGUUUACAUUUGUCAUUCGUUCUUUGUUCAUGUUUGAAUGUUUACUGUUCAAUUAUAAACAAUUAUUGACCAAGAAUGAUGUGUUUGUCUAUUUUUAUGAAUGAGUAAACGCUCAUAUCAUUUUUGACAUGUGAAUUAAAAUGUCAAUGAAGUGUUUUAUUAUAUGCCAUAAAAAUGAUAUUAUAUGUGUUUCAAUUACGUGUCCAGGUCAGACAAUGUACAAUGUGAUGGACAAAUGAAUGGGCUUUGAGGCCAUUUAUCAUAACAAUAAACAUCCUAUAGAUAAGU